AUGAUUGAGCGUUCGCCACUCUCUGUCGUCCACGAAAAUCUCCUCAAGAUCGGUGCCAUCCCUCUACAGGAGUACUUGGCGGUCGACACUCCGCCUCUGCAGCCCACCUGGGAUGUAUCGUCCGGUCUAAAUAAGUAUGCAACGCCUCAAGAUAUUACAAAGGUAGCUCCGCAGAUUAGUAGUUAUGAGCCUCAGAGCAGUAGCGAACAACAGCCCGGCGAUGCAGGAGGUCUCUCGUUGUCGGACCCUAGUGCAUGCGUCACGCCAGAAUUGAAGCCCGUACAGGAGUAUAAACCAGUAAAGCGCAUUGAGGAAUGCUGUCUGGAAUGGAGGGCUGGUCUGGUCGUGCCCUCCUGGUUCUGUUACGGCUCGUUCGGCUGCGCGCUUCAGGUGAAGUUAACGCCCGAGUGUCAGCGCAGCUACUCUGUCGAGCCCACAUACAAGACAUACGAAGAGGCGAAAAUGGCAUGCGCCAUGCUUGCGAUCGAUCAGGGCGUUCUUGACUUCAUCAAGCAUGGAAACGGGCAGCUGCAGCCAGCACCACGCACCCUCAGGAAUCAGGACGAUCCCUCGACUAGUCGAAUACGAAGAAGAUUUGCUUCUUUAGACGAGUUUGCCAAGUCCCUCCCUACGUACCCUACCGAACCCAUGAGUCUUCGGAGAGAUCCCAGAGGGCACAACUUCGUCAUCAAUUGGCUGGGCAAGAAGAUGUCUCGUGCUCAUGGACGACUGCGCGCAGAUCUCACGCCAGUAUCGGAGUCCAACGCUGACGGAACCCUUUUUGGUCAGGCUCUUACUUAUAUUGUCGAGCCGGUCUUGGAGAGAGAGGUGGAUGUCAGGAAUGCAGUUUGCUUGGUGGCAGCAAUUCAGGGUGUGGAGGCACAUAUCGCAUCAGUGGCAAAGGAGGUCGCAUGCAAAGUGACUUCAGAGAUGAGGCGCCUGGCUGGGAGGGUAUUAGCACUUCUUGAUGCCGAGCUAGAGAAAUGGCCACACUCGAAAACGGAUUUUACAUGUCCGCCGGAUCUUGACGCAUGCGGCUGCAUUUUCACCGUCACUCUGGACACGACAUCAGAGUUGUCGUGGUCAUUCACGGUGCCAAGGGAGUACAAGAGCGGGGCUGAUGCAAAGGUUGCCGCGGUAUGUCUUGCCUAUGAGCAAGGAGUGAUCGAACUCGUCCGCUUUCGCGGGAAGAAACCUCCCCCUGGAUACAAGGUAGUGCUUCCUUGCGAUGCUGGCUCUAGCCAGUACGUCGCGUCCAAGACCUACUUUAAGAGACGUCGAGCGGAGCUAGAAGGGACAAAUGCGGACGCUGGAGGCAAGAAAGCCAGAUUCCCCAGUAGAGCUGUAGAUGGACCCCUACAUCGCCGCCCGUACCCACUUGUUCCGGGAACGAGGCACGAUGGUCAAUUUACUGGAACCUCAACGACACCACCAUAUCACGUCCCUUAUGCCGUUCCUGGUGCAGUUGCGACGACGCCAUACCCUCCUUCGCCAGCUGCCCCGCACUUAGCACCCUACCAGGCUUGGUGA